CAGGGUAAGAAGUUUGAGAUCCUCCCUGACGGCCUCCCGUCGGCUCGUAAACUGAUGUACUACACCGGAUGUCCGAUUAGAUCCCGGCAUCUCCUGCAGUUGCUGAGCAACAGCCACCGGCUCUACAUGAACCUGCAGCCGGUGCUCAAACAGGUGCGCCGCCUCGAGGAGAACGAAGAUAAGAAGCAGUACCGGGAGUCGUACAUCAGCGACGCUCUGGACCUGGACAUGGAUCAGAUGGAUAAACGCUCGCGGGCCAGCGGCAGCAGCGCCGGCAGCAUGAAGCACCACAAACGCCUCCACCGAAGCUCCACCACGAGUCACGGCAGCUCGCAGACCUCCGGCAUCGAGGCGGACAGCUUCAGGGCGGGGGGGCAGGACAGCUGCAGGGCGGGGGGGCAGCACCGACCCCUUCGGACCUGCAGCUCCUCCACAACGAGCCACGGCAGCUCCAACACCUCCGGCAUCGAGAGCGGCGGCAAGGAGCGCCUGGAAGACGACG